CUCACAGUCUUCACAGCCGUAGGAAGAUAACCAACAUGAUAUUCCUACUCGUCGCUGUUUCAACACUCGUUGCGGUCCACGCGCAGAUCCCUAACGUGGGAUGGUGUCCAGAGUACCUACCAAUGACCGAUUUCGACAUGAAUCGCUUCCUUGGUAAAUGGUACGAAGCUGAGCGCUAUUUUACAUUCUCCGAGAUUGUUUCCCGAUGCGUUGUUACCGACUACGCCAAGUCAGCCAGCGGGAGGAUUUUUGUUAGUAAUGAAGUCACCAACAGAUUAACUGGAGUAAAACGUGUCAUCAAUGGUAACAUGGAGGUUUUGGGUAAGGGUGACGAAGGUCGUAUCCAUGUCAAAUACGCCACAACCCCGAUUCCUACUGAAACCACCCUUACCAUUUUGGAUACUGAUUAUGAUAAUUUUGCUGUUGUGUGGUCUUGCAAUGGCUUUGGACCAGUGCAUACAGAAAACGCUUGGUUAAUGACCAGGGAACGUCUCCCAAGUCACCAAACUCUCCAAAAGGGUUACGGUAUUUUGGAUAAAUUCAAAAUAAGCCGCACUUUCUUCGUGAAAACAGAUCAAGCUGGUUGUUUCCUAGCAGCGUCUGAUAUUAACGCAUCAAAUGGUAUCACAGCCCAAUCAACUAUCCCUGAACAUUCAGGAAGUCCACAAACUCAAGAAAACGAUGAAGAACUACGUACUUCUGGUGUCAAAGAAGAGACAGAAACAAAACCAGAAAUUCCAAAAGAAAAUGAGGAAAAGAAACCGGAGAUUACUGAAAUUAAACCGGAAAACAUCAAAGUAGAAAAAGAAGAAGUUCAGAAAACUAAGGAAGAAACUCCUAAGGACAAAGAUGUUCCUGUUGUGAGCGUCCCAGACCAUAUUUUAAAGAACAACGCAAUCAAAGCUUAAAAUUUAUAAUUUAAAAACUAUUUAUUAUAUUUAGUAAUUUUCCUAUAUUAUUAUUUAUGUAAAUAAAUUAAGUUCCGUUUAUGCAAA